AUGGCGACGGCAACGGCGCUGGCGGUGUCCGGGGUCCGGGUCGGGCCCGCGGGGGGGUCCCCGGACUGGGCGGGGCGGCCCCUGAGCACCGGGACAACCAUCAUCGCGGUGGAGUUCGAAGGGGGGGUCGUGAUCGGCGCCGACUCGCGGACAACCACGGGCUCCUACGUGGCUAAUCGAGUGACGGACAAACUGACGCCCAUCCACGAGCGCAUCUUCUGCUGCCGCUCCGGCUCCGCCGCCGACACCCAGGCCAUCGCCGACGCCGUGGCCUAUCAGCUGGGCUUCCACAGCAUCGAGCUGGAUGAGCCGCCCCUGGUGCACACGGCCGCCAGCCUCUUCAAGGAGAUGUGUUACCGCUACCGCGAGGACCUCUUGGCCGGCAUCAUCGUCGCCGGCUGGGACAGGCGCAAGGGGGGGCAGGUGUUCUCGGUGCCCAUGGGCGGGAUGAUGGUUCGCCAGCCCUUCUCGGUGGGCGGCUCGGGCAGCUCCUACAUCUACGGCUUCGUCGACGCCUCCUACAAGCCGGGCAUGAGCCAGGAGGAGUGUCUGAGCUUCACGGCCAACGCGCUGGCGCUGGCCAUGGAGCGGGACGGCUCCAGCGGCGUGAUCCGGCUGGCCGCCAUCACGGAGCAGGGCGUGGAGCGCCAGGUCGUCCUGGGCAACCAGCUGCCGCGGUUCUCCUCCGCCUGAGGGGGGCCCCCACCCCGACACCCCCCCGCGCGACGGACGGAUUAAACUAU